GUGCCGGGGCCCGGAGACGGCAGAAGCGGCCAUGGCCGAGAGCAUCAUAAUCCGUGUCCAGUCACCAGAGGGGGUGAAGCGGAUCACUGCAACAAAGAGAGAAACAGCUGCAACAUUUUUGAAAAAGGUUGCAAAGGAGUUUGGCUUCCAGAAUAAUGGUUUCUCAGUUUACAUCAAUAGAAACAAGACAGGAGAGAUAACAGCAUCACCAAACAAAUCUCUUAACCUGUUAAAAAUUAAACAUGGGGAUUUGUUGUUCCUGUUUCCCUCGAGCCUUGCAGGACCCUCAUCUGACAUGGAAACUUCUUCCACACAAGCAUUACGUGCUUGGGGAGCUCCUAAUGUGGUAGAAGAUGAGAUUGAUCAAUAUCUUAGCAAGCAGGAUGGGAAGAUUUACAGGAAUCGAGACCCACAACUUUGCCGACAUGGUCCCUUAGGAAAAUGUGUGCACUGUGUUCCUCUCGAGCCAUUUGAUGAAGAUUACUUGAACCAUCUUGAACCUCCUGUGAAGCAUAUGUCCUUCCAUGCCUACAUUCGAAAACUGACCGGAGGGGCUGAUAAGGGGAAAUUUGUUGCCCUGGAGAAUAUCAGCUGCAAGAUUAAAUCUGGUUGUGAGGGACAUCUUCCAUGGCCUAAUGGCAUUUGUACCAAGUGCCAGCCAAGUGCUAUCACACUGAACAGACAGAAAUAUCGGCAUGUAGACAACAUCAUGUUUGAGAAUCACACGGUUGCUGAUCGUUUCCUUGACUUCUGGAGAAAGACUGGGAACCAGCAUUUUGGGUACUUGUAUGGACGAUAUACAGAGCAUAAAGACAUUCCUCUUGGCAUUAGGGCUGAGGUUGCUGCCAUUUAUGAACCCCCUCAGAUCGGUACACAGAACAGCCUGGAGCUCCUUGAAGACCCCAAAGCUGAAGUAGUAGAUGAGAUUGCUGCCAAACUUGGCCUAAGAAAGGUUGGCUGGAUAUUUACAGACCUGGUCUCAGAAGAUACUCGAAAAGGCACUGUUCGAUAUAGCCGAAAUAAGGACACAUAUUUUCUGAGUGCAGAAGAAUGUAUAACUGCAGGAAACUUCCAGAACAAGCAUCCCAACAUAUGUCGGCUUUCCCCAGAUGGUCAUUUUGGAUCCAAGUUUGUAACUGCAGUAGCUACAGGUGGUCCAGACAACCAAGUUCAUUUUGAGGGUUACCAGGUAUCUAAUCAGUGCAUGGCAUUGGUUCGGGAUGAAUGCUUGUUGCCAUGUCGAGAUGCACCUGAGUUGGGUUAUGCCAAGGAAUCCAGCAGUGAGCAAUAUGUGCCUGAUGUGUUCUAUAAGGACAUAGAUAAGUUUGGUAAUGAGAUCACUCAGCUGGCCCGCCCCCUCCCGGUGGAGUAUCUGAUCAUAGAUGAUUUUCAUAGUUUGGCUACAUAUCUUUCUCAGAAUACCUCCUCCAUUUUCCUAGACAUCAUCUCAGAUUUCCAUCUGCUCCUCUUUCUGGUCACCAAUGAAGUCAUGCCUCUUCAGGACAGCAUUAGCUUAUUGCUGGAGGCUGUGAGGACUAGGAAUGAGGAGCUAGCACAGACUUGGAAGAAAUCUGAGCAGUGGGCCACCAUUGAACAGCUCUGCAGUACAGUUGGUGUCCAGCUUCCAGGAAUGCAUGAAUAUGGUGCCAUUGGGGGUCCAACACAUGCCACCUCCUCUGCAAUGUGGGCUUGUCAACACUGCACCUUCAUGAACCAACCAGGCACGGACCACUGCGAGAUGUGUAGCCUCCCCAGGACCUAACACUCCCCACCAUCCUCCUGGGCAAACCUGGGGACCAGACUUACAGCCCUCUUAGAAGCCAGGAUCAUUUUUCAUGAUUCUUCCCCUGUAAUGAUGCCCCAAUGGUGGGCAGACCUGAAAGAGGGGAAAAGGCUACCCAUGGGUCUCUGCGACCCACAGAAGCAUCUUGGCACUGUUCUUUCCAGAGGGUACCCACUAGAUAGAGGGAUCCAAGGCUGGGUUUUCUGCCAGGCUGAAUUUAAUCUCAAAACUGGAAAUCCCAAAACUGUAUCCCCAAUGCAAGAAAGUCAGACAUUUAACCUCAGUUUACAGUUUUGCAAUUUGUGUUUGAUAAGAACUGCACCCUUCUAUGUCACCUAUAAUUUGCUUUUCCUGCUGCCUUCCCCUUUCCUUUUGCAAUUUUCUCACUUUUUUUAUGCUCUUGCCCUCUCCACUUCCUCCACUCCUAAUCCCUUUUAAAAACCACAUUGGCCCUCUGCCCUGUCCUUUGUUUUCUACUCCAUUACCGGGUAUUGAUGCCUUCUGACAUUGGUGGCUGCUUUUUCCCCCCCCUUCUGGCCAGUUAUCUGGUUAGAAUGAAAACCAGCAGGGUCAGAUGAGCUGUAUCUUGGGACAGGGGGCUUCUUCCCUUGUUGAUUUGCAUGAUUUUUUCCCCCCUUUUCACCUCAUUCUUCCUCUCACCAGACUAGGAGGUGAGAUUUAAAGAUCUGCAUUGAUUAUAAUGACAGCAAUUUGUAAUUCCUGCCUACAGGCCUUUUUAGUUUAUUUGUUUUUAUUCUUAAAGAGAAAAAUACUGCACAAAAGGGGAGUGAGAGGCUACUUUCCACUUCUCUUUCCUUCUCCCUUCUCAACCUUUCACCUUAAUCAAUCCCUUUUGGGAUGCGUGUUUGUGGGUGGGCGUGUAGGGGUGUAUGUAGAUAAGUGUUGAUCCACAGUUAGCUAUCCUUUGAAGUAAACCUCAGUGCCUGAGUCUUUCCACCGAGCUACACAGUAAGGACAGUUUUAAAAGCAGAAAGUCUAGAGGGGGAGAACUGAAGAAUGAGCUGCAUCCAGGCAAGUGGAACACUGGAGUUGAGCACUGGAGUUGGGUUGUUUUAGUUUUGUUGUGCUUUUUAAAUUUUUAAUUAGUGUUGUAGUCCCCUGGGUCUAGCAGAGCUGAGCUCAGUUCAACCACAGUAUUAAGUAUUGUUUUCCCACCCACCACCUUCUUUCCUCUUUCUACUUCCUGAGCCUUGGGUCUUCUGAUUCACCGGUAUGUCAACUGCAGUAAUCCCAAGAGGGAAUUUAGGGUUCUGCUAAGGGUGAGGUCUGUGCAAGGCCCCCUGAGAAGGCAGCUGAGGAAAUUGAGAAUGACAGCUACAGGGAAAGAACAGAAAAGAUAAUAGGAUCCCUGGCAUUUAUUUACUGGCCUAGGCUCUGCCUACUGGUGAGUAUAGGUACAUCAUAACCCAGCACCUCCACAGAAAUUCUUUAGAAUUUCCCUCAUAUUGAGCCAAUUGGCACCUUGUUACCAUUUUGUCUUGGUGCCAAAUGCAAACUAUCCUCAGCCAUUUAGCAUAAAGGAAAAGGGCACAGCUACAGGAUGCUUCUAUCACUUUUACACAUCAUGAUAUUUCUUGCAUAUGCUGAACCCUCUUUUCCUCUUGGGUUCUAGAGAGAAUGCUUGCAUCUGCUAAUUUGCAUGUUGACUUCUGAUGGUGUCAGAAAGCUCAGUAUGAGCUUUGGCUGAUAUAUUUGGGCAGAACUGGCUAGUGGCAUUAGUGGCUUUCCUGGCCAAGGGUUUGCCCAGUUAGUAACUUCCUUCAGGGGCAUGUGGUACUAUUGCAUAAGAAAGAUUAGAGUAUGAAAUCCUGCACAAGGGAGCACCUCUCCAAGGUAAUCUAUUCUAGAGCUAUCGAAAAUGGUAUUGGGAACUGACUUUUCAUUUAGAAUAGUAAAUAUCCUGAUCAUUUCAGACAUGCAUCUAGUUCAUGAUCUUCCAUUUGUGCACACACUGAAAUCAUUCUCUUCAUUUUCAACCAAGUGGAGACUUAUCCUUGCUCCUGAGGCAUAAUAUCACAAAUGUAGGAUCAGAUCACAAGAAGAAAAGGCCCAGGCUCCUUCUCUGCUUGCUCUAGUCUCCUUUAUUUGGUGCAUUUGUUUCACUUUACUUUCAACCAUUAUUUUUUCCCCUCUUGAGAAAUUCUGGCAUUCACACAACUCUCUUUGUCUUCUUGAUUUAAUUUCAUUUUGGUUUAACUGCCUUAGUUCAAUAAUGGACUUUUUUGCCAUUAUCCAAAGAAAGCCAGUGAGGGCUUGAUCAAGCUAUACAUAGAGCAGUGGGGCUGGUAGGAGAAUCAGGCCCCUGACCAAAUCCUGGCCACUUCCUCCAGACUGAAUGAAUGGUUCUAGCCCCACUGAUGAGUCUGAAGGGACAAUUUGCCUUCCUAAAUGCAGAAAGCCUGAACUGAUCUUGCUUCUUCUGCUGAUAGUAUAGGCCAUUUUCCCUUUGUUGUCCCAGCCAGCACAUCUCCCUCAAAGUAGCCCAUUGCAGUGUCUACACCAGAACAGUAGGUGGUGACUGAUAAGGGCUCAGGAUAGAAGGGCUCACACAGGCAAUUGCAGCAGCCCUUUUUUGACAAGAAAGAUGUUGGUCUUUUCUUAGCCCACCUCUUUUCUCCUCUUACAGUUUGCAUACCUAAAAACUAGCUCUCUGGGGGUGUUGGUGUUCCAGCUUUGCCUGUUUGCAGAUGUGCAUUUGUUGGAUUUGGAUUGGAGUUCUCUUAAUUAUAGCCCUGUAAAUGAAAUCUAAUAAAAGUACCUGAAAUGAC